AUGCCUUCUGUCGGGCCCAUCUCUCAAUAUUAUCACCACGGCUUGGCAGCUGCCGACGGCGAAGAGGCGUUGACAGUUUCUCCGCACUCGCAGCACGUAACGCCUCUAACUGGUGAACUUCCCGGCCGUGGUGGUGCGAAUGAAGUGCCGGAUGGGAAAUACGUACCGGCUUAUCCGUUCCGAAACCACGUCCUUUUUGAUGAACCAGUCUUUGCAGCGAUGAACCAGAUCAGACACCUCAUACAUAAACUGGAGCUUUCGUCAAACAAGGAUAUUUCUCCCAAAGACAUUGACGAGAAGCUGCUGCCUUUGUUGUGCGAGGGAGACUUGCUGGAGCGCACCCUCGAGCUUGCCAGGUCCAACUAUCGACAACAAGUAGCAACUGCUGCAUCGGGUGACACUGAAUGGGUCUCAACAGUGCUGGCUGAAGGAUGCAGUUCGGAAAGGAAAGCGGUCGGCGGAGACGGAAACGAGGCAGAUAUCCACAUGGCCAGAACAGGCUUGCGGCUGGACCAGGGAGUCGCCGACGCUUACCUGGACAACGCGGAAUCUCACUUCAAGAGGCGCGACGAAGACAGCGAGAGUGCCACUUCAGGCAGUGACGCGAAUGAGAGCAAUGGAGAAAACUCCGAUAGAGAAAGUCUAGAUCCAUUGAGCAGGUUACGAAGACUGGAGCACAUUGCUCCACAGCUGCUCGCCCUGGCGAGAUACCAUCGCCGACGGCAAGCAAAGAGAAAAGUAGAACGCCUUUUGGCUGCGAUGCUGGGUGGAGACGCGGCGAGAAUUGACGCGCUCUUCCUUCAAAUGGCAGAGCAAAAGUUGCUAGAUGCCCACCUCCUGAAUUUCUUAGAUGAAAUGAUCCACGAAGCCCAUAUGAAGUAUUCGGCUUACAAGGCGAAGGAGGCGCUUUCAGAAACGGCGCUUAAACUGCUCAAGAGAAGGAUUUUGGCUCAUCUAGAAAUGAUGAAGACCAAUCGACAGGACUUCGUCCGGAUUCUGAGUCUCUGCUUGCAGACGCAGACGGAAAAACGCCGUGCAAUCUUGAAGGCAAGUCUGUAUACGGUCGAAGAUCUUGAGCGAUUCCAAGAAUGGCUGGAAGAUGGAAUCCAGUUCGGGGAGGAGACUGGAAAGUUGAAGAAGGAUCAACUGAAGGUGAUGCGGCAUCUCGUCGAAGACUGCAAGCAAGCAAACCCAUUGAACAAGGCAACAUUAGACCACUGGCAAGAGGAGAAUUCUUUCCAGUCGGACCUGAACUUACAGGCUGCGUGGGACAUGUCAGAUGGCUCGGCGAACAGUCCAGGCAACCCACGUCUUCCGUGGGAAUAA